AUGGAGAAGAAUUACAACCUAACAAAAAAGUUCUUGUGCACUUUUCUCGCCCUCGUUUCCUCCAUUUCCUUGGUGCAACCAACUUCAGCUGCCACAACCCCAUCAGCCUACACGAACUUCGUGAAAACCAGAUGCAGCACCACGACCUAUCCAACAGUUUGCAUCAGAACCCUUUAUCCCUACGCCUCUUACGUCCAAACCAACCCCUUAAAGCUCUGUAAGACGGCCCUCAGCGUAGCCAUACAAGGCGCCAGCAACACAACCGCCAAGGUUUCAAAGCUGGCCUCUCGGAAAGGGUCCUAUUCGCGCAUGGAAGCCGCAGCCCUCAAAGACUGCAUGUAUGAUGUGAAAGAUGCGAUUUCUGAGCUCAAGCAGGCUCUUAGUGCAAUGACACGUCUUGGAGGUGCCGACCAGCAGUUCCAAUGGGCUAAUGCCAAGACUUGGGGUAGCGCUGCCAUAACGGAUCUGGAGUCAUGCCUGGAUGGAUUUACUGGGAGAAAAAUUAGUCCUUCCCUCAGGGCAAAUAUCAAAAGUUUCGUAUUACCUCCACAAAGGCUUAUAAGCAAUGCUCUAUACCUAAUCAACCACCUUUACUAG